AUGCCUUCCUUCGGCUCAUUCCUCAAGAAGAAGCGGACAAAGGAGGGCAGCUCUGACCCCUCAGCCAAAGCCAGCACCAGCACCAGUAACGGCAAUAGCUUGAGCACUGCCAACCCCACCAGCCCCGUCGCACCCACGCCGGGCUCGAGGCACUUGGAUUCGACACAGCCGCGAGUGACGCCCGGGUCGAGUACGAGUGCCACUGCAGCUACAGCGACUACAGGCGACAGCAAUCACGCCGCUUCAGCCUCAGGUCAACAAGCGUCAACUCUCGCUCCCGCCCCUGCUACUGCCGCCGCCGCGCGAGACCCGGCCACGGCCGUUCCUCCCACCGCUGCUCCUGACCCGGACCGCCAGCCAGCCAUGAAUCCCGUCAACGUUCAGUCGCCUCACUCGUACGCGCCGGGUCACGACUCGCAGAACCUCCCCAGCAUCAGCAACCUCAUCAAUUCGCCCCAGAAUGACGGCUCGACCAACGGCUACCCCCCCUCGCCGUAUCAGAACUCCGCUGCCGUAGGCUCCCAGAUGGCCGACCAAAAUGCCCAGCUGCAGCAACAGCAGCUUCUACAGCAGCAACAACAGCAGCAACAGCAGCAUUUGUCGUCGGAAAUGCAGCUCGAUCCUCCUCAUCAGCAACAGCAACAGCAGCCGCAACAACAACAACCCCAGCAGCAACCGCCCCAACAACAGCAACAACAACAGCAACAACCCCAGCAGCAUCACCAGAUCCACCAUGGCCACAGCGUAUCGCUAUCCCAGCCCCGCGUCACCAAGGGCAAGUAUUCGCUCGGCGACUUUGAGAUCCUGAGAACGCUCGGUACCGGUAGCUUCGGGCGCGUUCACCUGGUCCAGUCCAAGCACAACCAGCGCUUCUAUGCCGUCAAAGUGCUCAAGAAGGCGCAGGUGGUCAAGAUGAAGCAGGUCGAGCACACAAACGACGAGCGCCGCAUGCUCAGCGACGUCAAGCACCCGUUCCUCAUCACCCUGUGGGGUACCUUUCAGGACUGGAAGAAUCUCUACAUGGUCAUGGACUUUGUCGAGGGCGGCGAGCUGUUUUCGCUGCUAAGAAAAUCCGGGCGGUUUCCUAACCCGGUCGCCAAAUUCUACGCUGCCGAGGCCACGUUGGCAUUGGAAUACCUGCACUCCAAAAACAUCAUUUACCGCGAUUUGAAGCCCGAAAACUUGCUGCUGGAUCGGCAUGGACACCUGAAAAUCACCGAUUUUGGCUUCGCGAAGCGGGUGCCGGACAAGACAUGGACGCUCUGCGGAACACCAGAUUAUCUCGCUCCUGAAGUAGUCUCUAACAAGGGCUACAACAAGUCUGUAGACUGGUGGUCCCUCGGAAUUUUGAUAUACGAGAUGCUUUGUGGAUACACGCCAUUCUGGGACAGCGGCUCUCCCAUGCGCAUAUACGAAAACAUUCUCAAGGGCAAGGUCAAGUACCCCGCGUAUAUAAACCCGGAUGCUCAGAACCUGCUCGAGCGGCUGAUCACGGCAGACUUGACCAAGAGAUUGGGCAAUCUGUUUGGAGGCUCACAAGACGUCAGGAACCAUCCGUGGUUUGCAGAAGUCACGUGGGACCGGUUGGCUCGCAAAGACAUUGAUGCUCCGUAUACGCCGCCAGUCAAGGCUGGAGCCGGCGACGCCAGCCAGUUUGACCGAUACCCCGAGGACCCUGAAAAGUACGGGGGUCCGGGCGGUCAUGAUGAGUACGGCAAUCUGUUUACUGAAUUCUAA